AUGGGCCAGCUGUUGGGAAGCCCUGCAAGGCCGUUCCAGCAGUCUGUCCGCACCGCUUCUUCUGUGAGCAGAGGAGGUCGUGGGGUGUCUGGGAAGAUGUUCUUUGUGACAGGUGCCAAAAGUGCAGGAGGGGCAUCAUCAGGAGGAGGAGCGACGAGGUCCAUCUACCAGAAGUUCCGGGAUGUUGACCUGCUGGACAAGAAGACGGUGACGGCUCUGAAAGCUGGGGAGGACCGGGCUAUUCUCCUGGGCCUGGCCAUGGUCAUUGCGUCGAUCAUGAUGUACUUUGUCUUGGGCAUCACCAUACUACGCUCUUACGCAAGCAGUGUGUGGACAGAGGAGAGUGUCUGUAUCGUGGUCAACUCCACCAUCACGGCAGACGUGAACUGCUCUUACAGCUGUGGCUCGGACUGCUGGAGAGGCUCCAAGUACCCCUGUCUGCAGGUCUACGUCAGUGUCAACACCACGGGCAGGCUCAGCCGCUUAUCUCACAACGAGGAGAGCUGGGACUCCAACUUUGAGUGUUUCUACGUACCAAAGUGCCAGAAGGACACUGCAGCCAUGCACCACAUGAUCGUGAACAUCUCAGAACGCCUGAAGCCGCACCAGCAGGUGCCCUGCUAUUACGACCCCAGCGACCAGCAGGAGAGCGCCCUCCUGACCCGACUGUACGGCCACAGCGCUGUCUUCUACUCGCUCUUCUGGCCCUCCUGCAUGCUCACGGGGGGCACUGCCAUCAUCUUCAUGGUCAAACUCACCCAGUACCUCUCCAUUAUGUGUGAGCAGGUAGUCAAGAUCAAGAGGUGAAGCUUGCUGGCGCAAUAACUGAGAGCGACAAACAUGGUCUCCAGUCCAGACAGAUAAUGACAUGAAAGGGAUUGUUUUAAC